GGAGAGGGACCGCCCGCGAUUGCUACGCUUCGCGAGCGUGCUUGCCUGCCAUUUCCUCCCGUCCGCGGCCCGACCCAAUUUCUUCUCCACCCCCCCUCCCUCCUCCCCUACCACCACCACCUCCAUCACCUCUCCCCCUCCCCCCUAGCUAGCUAGCUCUCUUGCCGUCACCACACCACUUCCUCCUCUCUUCUCUCUCUACUCCGCGGCGGCGCAUCUACACAUCGCCCAUUCAUUGCUCUUAGCCCGGGGCGGCAGUGAGUCGGCGCCAGAGCGCAGCCUCCCCGGCGGCGGGACUGGGCGUGGCAGAAGCGCGGCGGAAAACGCGGAAGUCUGCAAGCCGCGGAGAUGCACAAGAUUAUAGCAGCUGUUCUGCUCCUUGUUCGGCUCUGAGCAUCGGUUGAUCUGCGAAGUGAAGAUAGCAUGGACCCUGGGACGGCAUCCGCGUCCUGGGGUUUGCAACUAGGUGUGGUGCUGGUCUUUCUGCUGGCCUCUGGCUGCCAGGGGCUCAACCAUGAGGGCUGGCUUCUCCUGGCGCUCAAGAGCCAGAUGAUUGACACUUACCACCACCUUGACAACUGGAACCCCAAGGAUCCAUCGCCGUGCGCGUGGAGUGGUGUCAACUGCUCCUCCUCGUCGUCGUCGAGGCUAGCAGUGGUGUCUCUCAACGUCAGCAACAUGAACCUGUCGGGCACCGUCGGCCCGGGCAUCGGCGGUCUUACCGAGCUGACUAGCCUCGAUUUGUCCUUCAACGAGUUCUCUGGUACUAUCCCUGCUGAGAUUGGGAAUUGCUCAAAACUGGUGUUGCUCAACUUGAAUAACAACAAUUUUGACGGUACAAUCCCCCCUGAGCUCGGGAAGCUGGACCUGCUGAUCGGAUGCAAUCUGUGCAAUAACAGGCUCCAUGGUCCAAUACCUGAUGAGAUUGGUAACAUGUCAUCGCUUCAGGACUUGGUGGGGUACAGUAACAAUCUCUCCGGUUCUAUACCGCAUUCUGUCGGCAAGCUCAAGCACCUCAAGACUAUCCGGCUGGGACAGAAUCUUAUAUCUGGCAGCAUUCCUGCCGAGAUAGGUGAAUGCCGUAACCUGACCGUGUUUGGUCUUGCGCAGAACAAGUUGGAAGGGCCUUUGCCAAAAGAGAUUGGGAGGUUGGGUCUCAUGACAGACCUAAUCCUGUGGGGAAAUCAGCUUUCUGGCCCCAUUCCUCCAGAGAUUGGGAAUUGUACAAAUCUCAGGACAAUUGCCCUUUAUGAUAAUGAUCUGGUUGGUCCUAUACCUGCAACAAUUGGGAACAUUACUUAUCUUGAGAAGCUAUAUCUUUACAGGAAUUCAAUAAAUGGUACCAUUCCGUCUGAAAUUGGGAAGCUUUCUUUCGCAGAAGAGGUUGAUUUUUCAGAGAAUUUCUUAACGGGAGGGAUACCAAAGGAGUUAGGCAACAUACCAGGGUUGUAUCUACUCUACCUCUUCCAGAAUCAGCUUACUGGCUUUAUUCCUAGUGAGUUGUGUGGAUUGAGGAACUUGAGCAAGCUUGAUCUUUCCAUCAAUUCACUCACUGGCCCAAUUCCAGCCGGAUUUCAGUACAUGACCAAGUUAAUCCAGUUGCAACUCUUCAACAAUAUGCUAUCAGGGGACAUACCUCCAAGGUUUGGCAUUUACAGUCGACUGUGGGUGGUGGAUUUCUCAAACAACAACAUUACAGGGCAGAUACCUCGAGAUCUUUGUAGGCAGUCAAACCUUAUUUUGUUGAAUCUGGGGUCUAACAAGUUGACUGGAAACAUACCUCACAGAAUCACCAGCUGUAAAUCCUUGGUGCAGCUUCGUCUCAGUGACAACAGUCUGACAGGAAGCUUCUCCACUGAUCUCUGCAAUCUGGUGAAUUUGACAACAAUUGAGCUGGCUCGAAACAAGUUCAAUGGCCCUAUUCCUCCUCAGAUAGGGAAUUGCAACGCUCUGCAGAGGCUUAACCUUGCAAAUAAUUAUUUCACAUCUGAGUUGCCCCGAGAAAUAGGGAAAUUGUCAAAGCUUGUUGUCUUCAAUAUCUCAUCUAACAGGCUAGGAGGAAGCAUACCACUGGAGAUCUUCAAUUGUACAACAUUGCAACGUCUUGAUCUCAGCCAGAAUAGCUUUGAAGGUUCAUUGCCAAAUGAAGUUGGUAGACUGCCUCAACUGGAGCUUCUCUCGUUCGCUGAUAAUAGGCUGUCUGGGCAGAUGCCACCUAUUCUUGGUAAACUUUCACAUUUGACAGCACUGCAGAUUGGUGGCAAUCAAUUCUCCGGUGGAAUACCAAAGGAGCUGGGCCUGCUGUCAAGCUUGCAGAUUGCCAUGAAUUUGAGCUAUAAUAAUCUCUCUGGGAAUAUACCAUCAGAGCUUGGCAGUCUUGCAUUAUUGGAAAGUUUGUUUCUCAAUAAUAACAACCUGACAGGUGAAAUCCCAGAUACAUUUGUAAACCUGUCAAGUUUGCUUCAGCUCAAUGUCUCGUACAAUAAUCUCACCGGUACUCUUCCCCCGGUGCCGCUUUUUGACAAUAUGGUUGUGACCAGCUUUAUUGGAAACAGAGGACUCUGUGGUGGACAACUUGGCAAGUGUGGAUCUGAGUCACCCUCCUCUUCCCAGUCAUCCGACUCGGUUAGUCGCCCUAUGGGCAAGAUUAUAGCAAUUAUUGCCGCCAUUAUUGGAGGAGUAUCACUUAUUCUUAUUGCCAUACUUUUGCACCAUAUGAGGAAACCAUUAGAAACAGUAGCCCCUUUGCAAGACAAGCAAAUUCUAUCUGCUGGGUCUAACAUUCCUGUUUCUGCGAAGGAUGCGUAUACAUUUCAGGAACUGGUCUCUGCUACAAAUAAUUUUGAUGAUAGUUGUGUCAUUGGACGGGGUGCUUGUGGAACUGUGUACAAAGCCGUCCUGAAGCCUGGGCAGAUAAUUGCGGUAAAGAAGUUGGCUUCUAACAGGGAAGGAAGCAACACCGACAACAGCUUCCGUGCAGAGAUCAUGACUCUUGGAAAGAUAAGACAUCGUAACAUUGUGAAACUGUACGGUUUCAUCUAUCACCAGGGUGCAAACCUUCUGUUGUAUGAGUACAUGCCAAGAGGCAGCCUUGGAGAGCUACUUCACGGAGAAUCUUCUUCUUCACUCGAUUGGGAGACACGCUUCACAAUAGCCCUUGGAGCAGCUGAAGGGCUUUCAUACUUGCAUCAUGAUUGCAAGCCUCGGAUCAUCCACCGUGAUAUCAAGUCAAAUAACAUUUUACUUGAUGACAACUUUGAAGCUCAUGUUGGUGACUUUGGGUUGGCUAAGGUGAUUGACAUGCCAGUCUCAAAGUCUAUGUCUGCAAUUGCUGGUUCAUAUGGCUAUAUUGCACCAGAGUAUGCCUACACCAUGAAGGUGACCGAGAAAUCUGACAUAUACAGCUAUGGCGUCGUGCUGUUGGAGCUGCUAACCGGUCGUGCGCCUGUGCAACCGAUAGAGUUGGGAGGUGAUCUGGUAACAUGGGCCAAAAAUUACAUCAGGGACAAUUCUCUGGUUCCAGGGAUCUUCGACAGUAAUCUUGAUUUGGAAGAUAAAGCCGUCGUCGAUCAUAUGAUCGAGGUCUUGAAAAUUGCUCUGCUAUGUAGUAACCUGUCGCCGUACGAGAGACCGCCGAUGCGGCAUGUUGUAGUUAUGUUAAGCGAGUCGAAAGAUAGGGCUCGGGUGAGCUUGGCGUCGUCGCCUACUUCUGAUUGUUCUUCGAAGAAGGAUAGCUCAUGAUGUAUUUAUAUAUAUAAGUUCAGUUAGUGAAAGGCAAUCAAUACCCGUUGCUCCCUUUCCCCUGUUGCUUAUGAUGGGGAUCUUGGGAGCAUGCACUCAUUCUUUCUGUCAAUUGUUUUCUAGUGGGAUAAAUAAUACUGACUGAUAACAGUGGGAUCGUGUA